AUUUUCAUUAAGCGUUCCAUUAAGCAUAUCCAUCGUAGUAUUUCGUUAGCGAUUGAUGAGUCACUGGGUCAUCAGUCGUCGUGCUUGUUUCCGCAAUCCGUUGAGCAGGUGAUAUCAGUUGCAUACAUUGUAAACUAUUGGUAUGGCGUUAAGGUGAAUCUUGACAUGGCAGAUGACGUCGGCUUAUGCGCACAUAUUGAUAUAGGCGUGAUCUUCCACAGGUGUCAUUCAUACGAGUGCUUUUUUGACGUCUCUUAUUUUCUCCUCAGGAUUAUUCGUCUGAUUGGAUCGCG